GAGUGCUGGAUCAGGUCGCUCUGGACCGACGUCUGGUCUCUGUUCUACCUCGAUUCGUCCUAUAUCAUCUCCAAGGAUGGGAUUCGGGGUCUCCGUGUCUCAGUGCUGAUGCCACAAAUGGCUGCGUAGAGCAUCCAGGCCCCAUGGUGGAUUUUCCCCUGUACGUGAACAUCAUCAGCUUCAUACACCAUUCAGGGGGAUGGCGCAGGUAUAAAGAGCUCCCAUGGCCUGCAACCCGAAAAUUCGUGAUCAUGGACAAGCUUCAUAUCGGCGCUGUCACCCAGUCCCAAGCCACGGCUGCUACUGCGCUGUGGCAGCAGCUCGAUGACCUCGAGAACCUCUUCCAGAAAUACUCGACCAACACGGCCCAAGCCAAGUCUGUAGCCGAUUUUACCGCGUGCAGGCACAGUCUCAAGAAGAACUUUGGUUUCCACAUGGCAUAUGCAAAUGCCGAAAAACUGGCUCCUGCGCUGGAGGACUCGUACAACCGAUGUGUCAGGAACGAUAAGAACAGGUGGGAUGUGAUCCGGGCAAAGAUCAGGAGGGAUGAGACGCCGCAGGAGGCUGGAAGAUUGAUUGACAAGUUGGGUAACGUGCUUGCGAAUGUGGGCAUGGCUAUCGACAAGUUGGAGAGGGAGAUGCAGAAGGGUGCGGAACUGAUUCCGAGGAAGGAUAUCAAGUAAUCGUUCCUGUCCGUGUGCCUGAAUCGACUACAUGUAUAUUGAGACUGGAGGACUCCUGUCACAUGUCGAAAAUAGCUGAAGGCAAUACAUAACUUGAUUUUUUCCAGUGGUAUCUCAAGCUGAAAAAUAACGAGAUAUACGAACCGCGGUGUUCCCAUGUGCUCUAUUCCCGAGCUCUUGUCCUUUAUAUUCAAGGAUCUCCUCCACGCCGUCGAUGAUACAGACGCCAUUACCAGACGAUGCAACAUCCAACAGCAUAGCCAAGCUUUUGUGCAUCCAACAUUGAUCAACAAUGACUAGGGACAUCGAUUGCUCGAUCCUCUCUCCUUCUCUUCCCCAACCAGGUAUAGAAAAUC